GAUUCUAUAAAUUGAAAAGCUCGUUCGUUAUCGCUAUUAGUUCGAAAUGAUGAAGUGCCACGGGCUGCUGGUACUGAUUUUAUGCGCAAUAAGAUCAUCUGUAGCUGAUGUAGAUGAUCCGACACUUGUCACUUUACCAGAGGGACAAAUAAGAGGUCAAGCCUUACAGUCUCCAAACGACAAUGUUUUUUAUGCGUUUCAAGAAAUACCGUAUGCAGCUCCACCUGUUGGUAAAUUAAGAUUUCAAGCACCUGUAGCGCCAGCAAAAUGGGAAGGAAUAUUAAACACCACGAAAAAUGAA